AGAGUUUGGAAGGGGUAGGAAGGAGAAAGCUGGGCACAGUUGGGGGAGCAGACAGAGGAGCCGGAGUUCCCUCCCACCGUCCCCGCCAGCAUAGGUGGUUGCAGCCAUGGACCCCCUCACGAUUCAGCCUAAUUGGAUGGAGAUCGUGAACAGAAAGCUGAAGUUCCCUGCUCCACUGCUGGGUGCCAUCCAGGAGGGACAGAUAGGCCUGGUGCAGCAGCUGCUGGAGGCAGGGGUCGAGGCCCCAGGCGGGCCCCCCCGGAAUGUGGAGGAGGCUGAGGACCGCUCCUGGAGGGAGGCUCUCAAUCUGGCCAUCCGCCUGGGCCACGAGGCCAUCACUGAUGUGCUGCUGGCCAACGUCAAGUUCGACUUCCGCCAGAUCCACGAGGCCCUGCUGGUGGCUGUGGACACAAACCAACCCGCAGUGGUGCGUCACCUGCUGGCCCGGCUGGAACGGGAGAAGGGCCGCAAGGUGGACACCAGGUCUUCCUCACUGGCUUUCUUUGACUCGUCAAUCGAUGGCUCCCGCUUUGCCCCCGGAGUCACACCCCUCACCCUGGCCUGCCAGAAGGACCUGUAUGAGAUUGCCCAGCUGCUCAUGGGCCAGGGUCACACCAUCGCACGGCCACACCCUGUCUCCUGUGCCUGCCUCGAGUGCAGCAAUGCGCGCCGCUACGACCUGCUCAAGUUCUCCCUGUCUCGCAUCAACACCUACCGCGGCAUCGCCAGCCGCGCCCACCUUUCGCUGGCCAGCGAGGACGCCAUGCUCGCUGCCUUCCAGCUCAGCCGCGAGCUCCGGCGCCUUGCCCGCAAGGAGCCUGAGUUUAAGCCUGAGUACAUUGCCCUGGAAUCGCUGAGCCAGGACUAUGGCUUUGAACUGCUGGGCAUGUGCCGGAACCAGAGUGAGGUCACCGCGGUGCUCAAUGACCUGGGCGAGGACAGCGAGACUGAUCCUGAGGCCGAGGGUCUGGGCCAGGCCUUUGAGGAAGGCAUCCCCAACCUGGCAAGGCUGCGACUGGCAGUCAACUACAACCAGAAGCGGUUUGUAGCACACCCCAUCUGCCAGCAAGUCCUGUCCUCCAUCUGGUGUGGGAACCUGGCUGGCUGGCGUGGGAGCACCACUAUCUGGAAGCUCUUCGUCGCCUUCCUCAUCUUUCUCACCAUGCCCCUCCUCUGCCUUGGCUAUUGGCUGGCACCCAAGUCCCGGCUGGGCCGUCUGCUGAAGAUCCCGGUGCUGAAGUUCCUGCUGCACUCGGCCUCCUACCUGUGGUUCCUCAUCUUCCUGCUGGGAGAGUCCCUGGUCAUGGAGACGCAGCUGAGUACCUUCCGAGGCCGCAGCCAGAGUGUCUGGGAGACUUCACUGCACAUGGUUUGGGUUGCAGGCUUCCUGUGGUUUGAGUGUAAGGAAGUGUGGAUCGAGGGCCUGCGCAGUUACCUCCUGGACUGGUGGAACUUCCUGGAUAUGGUCAUCCUCUCCCUGUACCUGGCGGCCUUCACGCUGCGCCUCCUCCUGGCCGGGCUUGCACAUAAGCACUGCCAGGAUGCCCCCGACGGGGCUGCCUGCCACUACUUCACCUCGGCUGAGCGGAGCGAGUGGUGCACGGAGGAUCCCCAGUUCCUGGCUGAGGUGCUCUUCGCUGUCACCAGCAUGCUCAGCUUCACCCGCCUGGCCUACAUCCUGCCAGCCCAUGAGUCGCUGGGCACCCUGCAGAUUUCCAUGGGCAGGAUGAUUGACGACAUGAUCCGGUUCAUGUUCAUCCUCAUGAUCAUCCUGACCGCCUUCCUCUGUGGCCUCAACAACAUCUAUGUGCCUUACCAGGAGACUGAGCGGCUGGGCAAUUUCAAUGAGACCUUCCAGUUUCUGUUCUGGACAAUGUUUGGCAUGGAGGAGCACAGUGUGGUGGACAUGCCUCAGUUUCUGGUGCCGGAAUUCGUGGGCCGGGCCCUCUAUGGCAUCUUUACCAUCGUCAUGGUGAUUGUGCUGCUCAACAUGCUCAUUGCCAUGAUCACCAACUCAUUCCAGAAGAUUGAGGACGCUGCUGACGUGGAAUGGAAGUUUGCUCGCUCAAAACUCUACCUGUCCUACUUCCGAGAGGGCCUGACACUGCCCGUGCCCUUCAACAUCCUGCCGUCCCCCAAGGCCAUCUUCUACCUGCUCAGGAGAGUUUUCCGCUUCAUUUGCUGUUGCCAAUUCUGCUGCAAAACCAAGAAGCCAGACUAUCCCCCAAUCCCCACCUUUGCAAAUCCUGGGGCAGGGGCAAGGCGUGGGGAGGGAGAGUGUGGAUCCUACCGGCUUCGUGUCAUCAAGGCCCUGGUGCAACGCUACAUAGAGACUGCCCAGCGGGAGUUUGAGGAGACUCGUCGGAAAGACCUGGGCAACAGACUGACAGAGCUGACCAAGACGGUAUCUCGACUGCAAAGUGAGGUAGCUGGUGUGCAGCGGGCUGUGGUGGAGGCAGGGCCACGCCGGCCGCCCGGAGGAGCCAGCAUCCUCAGUCGCUACAUCACCCGAGUGCGCAACAGCUUCCAGAACCUGGGGCCCCCCAUCCCUGAGACCCCGGAGCUGACAGUGCCAGUGAUGGUGGAGACCCAGGGGUCUUCAGAAAGAGGGCUUCCAGAGGCUGGAGGGGCUCAGGCUCCAGCUUCUGGGGAGUCUGCCCCCUCCUCCCCAGCUCACGUGUUAGUGCACAGGGAGCAAGAAUCAGAGGGGGCCGGGGACCUGCCCCAGGAGGCAGACCUGGGAGCCGAGGAGGGGACCUGAUGCUGGGGGAGGUCCCUUCUUCUCUUGUGACUGGAGCAGCCUAGAUAGCUGAGGGCGGGGGUCACUUCA